CUGAACGUGGCUGCAGUGACCUCCCCCGUAGGAAUAGCUCGAUUGCUGCAAAUGACCUUUGGAUGUGCCACGUUCAGCCUGGUUGCCCACCGAGGAGGGUUCAGCGCUGCCUAUGGCACUUUCUGCAUGUUUGUCUGGGCUUUCUGCUUUGCCAUCACCGUGUUCAUCAUCGCCUGUGAGUUCACGCACCUGCACAGCUGCCUGAGCCUUUCCUGGGGAAACUUCACUGCUGCUUUUGCCAUGCUUGCCACGCUCAUGUCCAUCACGGCCGCGGUGAUCUACCCGCUCUACUUUGUCCAGCUGGACUGUUACCCCAUCGGCUGCGAGGUGAGAGAUUUCCGCAUCGCAGCCAGCGUCUUCGCAGGCCUUCUGUUUGUCACCUACGCCGCCGAGGUCUUCCUGACCAGGGCGAAACCAGGACAAGUCACCAGCUACAUGGCCACCGUCUCCGGGCUCCUGAAAAUCGUGCAGGCCUUCGUGGCCUGCAUCAUCUUUGGGGCGCUGGUGAACGACAGCCAGUAUAGCAAAUACGUGGCGACACAGUGGUGUGUGGCCGUCUACAGCUUUUGCUUUGUGGUGACAGUGGUGGUAGUGGCCUUCAGUGUCACAGGUAAGACUGCCUUGCUGUGGUUCCCCUUUGAGCGCUCUGUGGUCAUCUACACCUUCGGGGCCGUGCUGCUCUACGUGAGUGCUGCUGUCAUCUGGCCAGUGUUCUGCUUUGACAGCAAGUACGGCUCCCCACGGCGCCCCGGCCUCUGCGCCAAGGGCAGGUGCCCCUGGGACAGCCAGCUGGUGAUCGCCGUGUUCACCUAUGUCAACCUGCUGCUCUACGUCCUGGACCUGGCGUACUCCCAGCGCAUCCGCUUUGUCUCACACAUCUGA